AUGGCAGACCAGACCAUCAUCUUCACUAAAAACGCCCCGGCCCCUGUCGGCCCCUACUCCCAAGCCGUCAAGACUCCCACGGCCAUCUACUGCUCCGGCCAGAUCCCCCUCACCGCCGAGGGUACCAUGGUUGAGGGCUCCAUCUCCGACAAGACCAAGCAGUGCUGCCAGAACCUCGAGGCUGUCUUGAAGGAAGCCGGCUCAUCCAUCCCCAAAGUCGUCAAGUGCAACAUCUUCUUGUCUGACAUGGCUCACUUCGCGGAGAUGAACUUUGUAUACGAGCAGUGGUUUACCCACAAGCCCGCUCGAAGCUGCGUUGCCGUCAAAACCCUCCCCAAGAACGUCGAUGUCGAGAUUGAGGCAAUUGCCCUGCCUUAG